CUCCAUCAAGCAAUCCCACGAUUAUCAGCCGACAUACCACCGCUUCAUCCAAUACAAAACACUCCAAAGCACUUCUCACUUUUUGAACUCCAAACCAACUCUCAACAUGUCCGCCAUGACCCAGAACCGCCAGCAAGUCUACGUCUCGGACGGCUUCUCAGAGCCCAUGAGCGCUCAGCACAACUUUGCCAACAACUUCGACCUCGACAACCCCGACGCUGCCAUGUCUGCGUACCAGAGGAUCAUGCACGAGCACACCAAGCGCCAGCUUAGCACCGCCACCGACUCUGCCCGCCGACGAAGCGGCUCUUCAUCCAAUGCUGAGUCGCGGUCGCUCGAGUCUGUCUCAUCACAAGAGUCAUAAUAUUGUCGAUUGCCAUCUACCAUCAAACAUCAAUACCUUCGACAUUACCCUUCAACCGUCUGCGACGUUUUAGCGUUCAGCGACAUGCGAUUCGAUCCGGAAUCGACUUUCAACAUUAUUUUUUUUCAUCAUCCCUACAGAGCAUAAGGGCGGCGUUUGGGAUCAAUUAUUCACCACCACGGAUGGGCUAGUUUGGCGUUCACAUUGUCUGCGGGUCAACGCAGUCUCAUCACAUCAAUAAAUUUCUACACCCUCUCAUGGGUGCAUUUGCACACUUCAU